ACUGAUUAGGUAAAUAGAGCGACAUGCUUUGUACAAAAACUUCCGCUUAUCGAACUUCAAUAACAUGCUGAACGGUGUCUAGGGUUAUGUUAUCUGAUGUUAUCUAAAAGUUGAUGUUUUUUUAAGUCUUUAUAACUACAUUCUACAACACUAAUCGCAAUUAAUGUCAAAAUUGGGUGAUCACUUUUUUGUUUAUACAAAAUUUCGCUACAAAUAACGAGUUUAACAUGUAACAUGCGCGAAUGUUUAUUCGCAGAAUAAAGUCACCGACACUUCUUGUCGUAAUCUUCGAUAUUUUUGAAAUAUUUACGAAUGUUCAUUACAUCUACAAUAUCGUGUAAAGUUUGUUAACAAUUUUUUAAGUGAAAUUGUUCAAUUCUCUAAGAAAGUUUUCUAGCGGAUGAAGCGUAUUCGUACGUUUUUUUCUCGUUUAAUGUAGAGAUCGGUAUACAUUUUUUCGUGGUAAAUUAAUUAUAAUAAUAAAUGUGCAAACAUGAGUAUGUUAAAUGAUUCUGUAAUAAUUUGCGACACAACGCCAAAAUCAAAUCUAAGAAAAAACCUCUUAGGAAGUAAAAAAUCACCAAAGGGUAGAAAAAGAAAGACCUUUUACGAGAGUCCAUUAAAGCAUAUUCAAUUAAGUACCAAAAGAUGGGAGCAAUUACAAAAACAAAGGAAAUUAAUGAACAAUACCAGGCAAGCUGUCAAGAAACAGAAACUCAACAGAAACUCCUUAAUGGAUGGAGGAUUUCAAGAUAGCAUAAUUAUUUUAAGCGAUAACGAAAGCGAAUCAAACAGUCCUAAUGAACAGAAUAAUCGUAACAAUAAUGUGAAGAAGAAAAAGAAACGUUUGGGAGAAUCAAGUGAAGACAAACAAACAAAAUCAAGAGGAUAUGGAGUAGAAAGUAGUUCAAAGAAGAGAAGAAAAAAGAGCUGUAGUAUAUCGGAUAAUAAUUCAUCUUGUCUUUUGAUAUCAGAUGCAGAGGAUUAUGACACUGUAGCAGUUAGGGUAGACAAUGAAAACAUAGCACCCUCAAAAUCUAUAAAUCAAGGUUCAGAUGAUAUUGUUGUAGUAUGGUCAUCUACAGAACCAUCUUCAUCUGAAAAUGAAUCGGAAGGAAACAAAAGUCAUGAAAAAGACCAAGACAAUGAAAAUGGUUACAGACUUUUCAUGGUAGACUAUAGUCCAAAUCCACAGAAUCUUAUUGAUAUAGAUUCCGAUGAAACAACAUCAGAGGAACCUAAACAGAAUAUUGAAAAUAAAGAAGAUCGAAUAAAGGAUUCCGAUUUACUUUUCAAUAAACCAGGAUUGAAAUUACCUAAAGCUCAUGAUAUAAGUGGAACAAUACUAAUAAAAAAACGAAAGUCAAUUUCGAAUAUGUUAUCAAAAUUAGAACAAAAAAGAUCGAAACUAUAUAGUACAAGAUCAGAAGUACCUAGUACCUCUACAGCAGUACCAUCGACAUCUCAACCACUCAAUAAAUCACAAAGUAUAUCUCAACCAUUCAAUAAUUUACAAACUACAUCUGAACCAACUGUUAUAUGGGAGCCUCCACCUCAACUGUUCAAUAACUUACAAACUACGAUUGAACCAACCGUUGUAUUGGAAUCUACACCUCAACUGUUCAGUAACUUGCAAACUAUGACUGAUCUACCCGUUAUGUGGGACCCUAUAUCUCAACCAUUCAAUAACUUGCAAACUGCGUUUCAACCAGCCAUUGGAUGGGACCCUACAUCUCAACUAUUCAAUAGCUUGCAAACUAUGUCUCAACUAUCUACCAGAUGGAAACCUACACCUCAGUCAUUCAAUAACUUACAAACUACGCCUCAACCAUCCAAUAUAUUGCAAACUACCUCUCAAUCAUUCAAUAACUUGCAAACUACAUCUCAACCAUCUAAUACAUCGCAAACUACGUCUAAGAAGCCCUAUAAAUUAAGGGAUAUAAUCGUUGAUGGGAAUAACGUAGCUAUGGCACACACAAAUAAUAAAGUAUUCUCGGAAGAGGGAUUGAAGUUAGUCAUUGAUUAUUUCAAAAAUAGAGGACAUAACGUGAAAGUAUUUAUACCUCACUAUAGAAGAUCAUUGGCAAACCCAUUACUUGAAAAAUGGUAUAAGGACGACAUAGUAAUUUUUACACCGAGCCGUUAUAUAGAGGGUAAAUGGAUAACUUCUUAUGAUGAUCGAUAUAUAUUGGAAUACGCGACUUUGACCAACGGUAUUGUAAUUUCCUUGGAUCAGUACAGAGAUUUAUAUCGAGAAAACCCAGCAUGGCGAGAUACGAUUGUAAAUCGCUUACUGCCUCCAACUUUCGUUGGAAACUAUGUUAUGUUCCCUGAAGAUCCUUUAGGCAGAAACGGACCUACACUUGACGAGUUUCUAAGGUGUAAAUUGUAAAAAAAACGCAACUGACAAUGUAAAUAUUAAAUAGCGAUAUAGGCAUUUAUAAGUUUGUACACACAAGUUUUCUUAAAUUUUUUUGUACGAGAAGUUCUUCGUUAAUAUAGACACAUAUUCUAUAAGGUAAAUAUAUAAAUAGAUAUUUACAUAUAAAUUUUUAUUGUUUUUGUGCUUAUGCAAAACAUUUUCGAUGAAAGAUGUUUUUCAAAAAUUUAAUCGAGUGAAAAAUACAAUAAGUUUCGUACCAAAGGAUUAUAACAAUUACCACGUGAAAAUUGUCUCCAGUACUUUAUUUUCUAGACACUAAAUUAACUGCUAAAAGAAAGAAGUAUUUAUGUUGUGUCUCGGAAUACUUUCGUGUUACUUUUUUCGCAUUUAAGAUAUUUACAGUCUCAUCUGGAAUGACUACAGUUAAAGUGGUAUUAUAUAUUUAAAAUAAAUCACCAAAAUUAAGUUAC